AAAAAAAAAAGGAAAAUUUUUUAUUUUCAGACUCCUCUCCUACUAUCAAACUAAAAACUGCUUCCUUCCCAUCCCUCUUUUUUCUGCCAAUAACUGCUACUACUCUUCUACUAAUCUUCCAUUUCUACAAACACCAUUCUUCGCUGCAAUUCCUCUUCCAUUCCCUCGAAUAUUUUGUUGAAUUCCCCAUCCCCCCCCCCCCGUUUUUUUAAUUGGGCAUUUGAAACACGAAGAAACGCACAGCGAAUUUGGCGGUAAUUUGAAGCGGUUAGGGUUCUUAUUUGUUGGUUUUUUAAUUGGAAAUCCCUUUUUUUUUAAGGGUUAAUUAAUAAUAGCCUAUCUCUUCUCUUCUGGGAAGGGAUUCCUUAAUUUCGUGAUUUGGGUUUCUGUUUUCUUCCCCUGAGGUGUCAAUUAAUUGGUGUAAAAUUAAACUGUGGUGGUUGUUUUUUGGAAUUCGUUUUGGGCUUUCCCCUUGUCGGGAUAAUUUUGUGGCUAUCGAGCUGGUGAUUCCAGAAACAACCCAUUAAUUGCUGGCGUCGCAUGUUCUUUUCUUAGUAUAUUUUUUGGUUUAAUUUGCGCCCUACUGGAGGUGGGUUCCUAUUUGGUGAUUGUGUUCCACAUAGAUUAAUGCUGUGAAAGAAGUAUUAUUGGGUUAGGAUUUGGGUUCUGUUAGACCUGUUAUGGUUGUUUAACCUGUUAUUAUCCGUGAGUAUGGAGGGGUGAAAGUUCGGUUUGUGGGUUGGAGCGUCCAUCUUUUCUAUCUGAAAGAUGAGACUUAGAAGACAGUCGCAUUGAUCAUUGUGGCGGUUGUUGUUUACUAAGGAAUAGGCCGAUUGAUCAUAGGGGUAGUCACUAGUAUUCGUUGUUGCCGUUUGAGGCUUUCUAAUAAAACCGUGAACUCAGUUUCGUUUGGAGCUCUUGUGGGAGUCCAUUGAGUUAAUCCAGGAACUCUGCAUGUCGUUUUAAGAGAAUUUUUCGGUCAAGGAAACACUCACAGCGUUUCUUUGUAUAUUUGAUUCUGAAUAUGGUCCUAGCCGAUGGAAAGAAGUGAACCUGCGUUAGUUCCAGAAUGGUUGAGAUGUUCUGGAAAUGUUGCCGGUGGCAGUCCCUCAAGCCACCACUGUGCACUUUCUUCUCCCCACGCAGAUGUUUCUUCAACAUGGAGUAGAACCUCCAGAAGCAAUUCCGAUAUUCACCGGGCUCCUUUUCUUGAACGCAAUCAUUCUUCCAACAGUAGGCGUAGUUCAUCCAAUAACAGUCUUGCAAAGCAUCCAUACAGCAGUUUUAAUAGAAAUAAUCGAGAUAGAAACCGUGAAAAGGAUAAAGAUCGACCCACCGGUGGAGACAUCUGGGAUCAUGAUUCUUCUGACUCGUUAGAGAGUGUUUUAACUCUUGGCGCUGAUAAGAGUUCUUUGCGACGUUCUCAAUCUCUUGUCUCCAGGAGAAGUAGUGAUGUUUUACCUCAUAAAUCAGAGGAUUUGAGAAAUGGCAUUAACCAUCAAAAUAGUGCCAAUGGAGUUGGAUUAGGCGGAAGCAACCUAAGUGGAUUUCAGAAGGCUGCAUUUGAUAAGGAUUUUCCAUCUCUUGGGAAUGAAGAUAAGCGAGGAGGAGCAGGUAAUGGGAGGGUAUCAUCACCAGUUUUGAGUACAGCUGUUCAGAGUUUGCCCAUUGCCAACACGGGGUUGUUGGGUUGUGAGAAAUGGACUUCUGCCCUGGCUGAGGUACCCUCAGUAAUUAGCAACAGCAGCAUUGGGAACUCAUCUGCUCAGCAUAGUGUUGUUGCCCCUGCAUCUUCUGUUGCUUCAAGUCCUGCUGGAAAUCUUAACAUGGCUGAGGCAUUGUCACAGGUUCCACGACGCACGCUCGCUAGUCCCCAGGCACCUGAUAAGAGCCUGAGGCUUGAAGAAUUAGCUAUUAAACAGUCAAGGCAGUUAAUACCUAUGACACCUUCCACACCUAAGACAUUGGUUUCAACUUCUUCAGAGAAGUCAAAGCAACCAAAAGGUCCAGUUAGGUUAAAUGAGGUUGUUGUACCUGUAAAGAUUUCGCAGCAGCAGCAGCAAAACUAUUCAUCCCAAGUUUCUAAUCAACCUCGUGCUGGACAAGUAAGGUCCGAUGCUUCGAAUGCAUCUCAUGCUGGGAAGUUUCUGGUCCUCAAGUCAGCUAGAGAGAAUUUAACCAAUUCUGUUGUUAAGGAUGCAUCUAAUCCAACUAACAAUGGCAAUUGCAAGGUCUUAAAUAACCACUUUCCUCAAUCUCCUUUAACUCCGAUCGCUGGAACAAGCAAUAUUGCUCCAAAGGUCUUCACUCUUGAAAAGAAGGCACCUUCCUUGUCUCUAAAUCCUAGACAAAUGGCGGAGAAGAAAGCUUCCUCAUCUCUGGCUCAGAGUAGGAGUGACUUUUUCAACCUUAUGCGAAAGAAGAGCUCGCUUAGCACUCCUUCUGUUCCACACUCAAGUUGCUCAGGUUUAUCUCCUCGUGGAAAUAAGCCUGAUGAAAAUGGCAAAGAAACUGAAACUGCUUCAGUGACCCCUUUUGUUGCUGAGGAUGGGAACGGAAUGAUUGUUAAUGACCAUGCUUGGAAUGAUGCAAAAAGUUUUAGUGACAGUGAAGACAAGAAAGUGUGUGUUAAUGGGGCAGUUUUUCCAGAUGAAGAGGAGGCUGCUUUUCUUCGUUCUCUUGGAUGGGAGGAGAAUGGGGAAGAUGUAGAAAUUACGGAUGAAGAGAUUGUUGCUUUCUAUGAGGAGGUAACUUGAUUAUCUCUAUACUCUUGCUAUUGACGUUGCGGAAGAUGUCUAAUAUACGUGGUCCGCUGUGUGGCUCAAUUCCUUGACUGACUUUGUCUAAAAUAAACUAAAAGCUCGAUCUAGCUUCUCCUAUUUCUUUUAGUAGUCAUGUGGUUUAUUUAUCUUAUAUUUAUUUUUUUAUAUAUCUGGACUAGAAUUGGUGAAGAUCAAGAGAUGAAAGUGAACUUAUUGUUCUAUUCUUCUGUUGUUUAGGCGUGCUAUGAGUUGGAAUUAGUCUUAUAGGAGAGGUUUUUUGUAUGGUUGCUGGCCAGAUCUGUUUAAAUUUAGAGUAGAAGAAAUAGCGGUGCAGUAUCUCUGAGUUUAUGACCAAACAAAUCCAAGAAAUUUGUGUACUUUUUCUAUGCCGUUAUUUUUCUGAAGAAAAUAUCUGAAAGGAUUCUUGUUAACCGUUUGUAACUCACCGCUUCUCUCAUUUGACCGUCAGCCCCAUGUUUUCCUUUGCAAUGGAGACUGUUUUGAUGAAUUAUUCUAAUGUAAAAAUCUGAUAAUAAAAUAUAUUGUUCUACUCAUAUGAAAUAUCUUGCUAUAAUAAUGAAAAAUUGUAAUGGCAACGAUUCUGUAUCACUAGUAUAUUGUUUUAAUUUGGAAUAUCUUUAUACUUCUCCUCUCUUGUGAUUGUGAUAGCUGCUUGGGUAGUAGUUGGUAAUAAUUGACGGUCUGAAUUAAUAUAUAUGAUUACAAUUACACUCUUUAGUGUUCAUUCUUCAUGCUGAAACAUUAAAGAAUUCCUAUUGAAUAAUCCUGGCCAGCUUUUUGCAUAAGUGAGGAGUAUUUAAUCGGUGGUCCUUUUGAGUUACAUUUAGCGUGUAUUUUGUUUAGAUUCCUCAUUCAAUGUGCUCUAUUGAAUUUGUUUUUUUGCU